AUGGCAUACACAGCCAUCGAUGAGAGUACAUUGUAUAUCCAGGGCGGAAUAAUCCUCCCACCACCCGGAGGCACCGCCAAAAUUACCUCUCAAUUCUACGCUCUCGACCUCACUCAGGAUUGGAACGCAACGAGUCCGCCCUGGAAGGCUUUGACCUCUCCCACAACCACUGCUACCCAAAUCUCCAGUCAAUCCAUGACGAUCUCGCCUGACCGCCAGACUCUCACGCUUUGGAGUGUUUUCCCGACUGUUGCCGUCAAUUACAGUAUCACCGACGCCUCAUGGACAAAAGUGCCGCUCUCGGUAGGCUUGGUCAUCUCUGGCAGUGGCCUCCGUGCAGCAUCGGAUCCAGCAACCGGAGCAGUCUACAUCCCUGGAGUAGGGCCUCUCAAUUCCAACUACAUGGUCCGAUACAACUACUUGACUGGAUUGGUUACCUUGAUCAACAUACCCAUGGCUCUUGUGCCAACCCUGGAUUCUUAUUCGUUCGUCUGGUGUCAACCUCGCAAGACAUAUAACGGCACCAAGAUGAUCCUCUUUGGCGGUGAUGGAUCAGGACCAUCUGUCGCAUCCCUCUCUAUCCUCGACAUCCCGACUAUGACAUGGACCGUCGGCAAAGAUGCACCGGACGCGAGGUCGGAGAUGGCGUGUGCGGUUGCUGGAGAUAAUUUUGUCGUCUGGGGAGGGUACAAGGAGAUGUUGUCGGUUGAUAGUGUCGCGGUGCCAACAACGCCACUUAUCUUCAACAUCAAAACAGGAAAAUGGACAGAAAAGUUUGUCCGUGGCGCCAAUGGCAAUAAGACGGAGGGAGCACCAGGAGGAGUACCAGGAACUGGCGCAGGAGGAGGGUCCGGAAGUGGUUCAGGUGGUGGUGGUUCAGGAAGCGGACCAGUAGGUGGUGGUGAGAGUCCGAUUGCUGGUGGAGGUUCAAACAUAGGAAGCGGUGAAAUCGUUGGAGGCGGAGGCAUCACCACCACCAGCGGCGCAGCGAUCGGCGGAGGGGUUGCAGUUGGUGUCGGGGUCCUUGCUGGAAUCAUCUUCCUUAUCAUUCAGAGACGUCGGCAACGCAGUACAAAGGACUUUGAGAUGGUUUCGCCCAGUUUGUCGAUAAUGCCAUCUCCUGCGGAAGAUAGAGUGGUCCAACUAGAACCAAUAUCCAACGAGUCCUACCAGAGCAAGCUAAACAAUCAACAACAGCAGCAGCAGGAGAUGUCCUACAAUAACGUGCAGUACACACCCAGGAGCGAACCACCAGGUGUCUCAGGCUUACCUCCUUCAUAUUCCGCAUCCUCUCGUUCCCGACCCGUCAUCCCUUCUUAUUAUGAGGUGACGGGGAUCCCAGGAGAUCCUCGAGAACUUGUGCGGCAACUGUCGCGCUAA